CCAAAAUCUCUUGGUUUUUGCAAUAUCUUUGAUCACAAUGGAGUACUAUUUUGGAAACCCUAAUCCUAAUCCUAACCCUUAUUUCCAUCACUCUACCGUAACAAACGUGGCAUCUCCCUCCUCCGAGCUUAUGCUAUCUGAUUAUCUCGUGUUGGAAGAUGGUACUGUUGAUCAUCAUCAAGAGUCUUGGUCACAGAGCACAGAAACUGAAUCAUCGGAGAAAGCAACCUCCAGCGAUGCCACUCAUGGAUUUGCUGAUGCAACCUCCACCAUCAAUAACAUAAAGUGCAAAAGUGAUGGAAAUAAGCGAAAGAAGGAAGAAGUGAGUCAAAGCGUGACAUUUAGAACCAGAUCGCAGCUUGAGAUUAUGGAUGAUGGAUAUAAAUGGAGGAAAUACGGAAAGAAGACAGUGAAGAACAGCCCCAACCCAAGGAACUACUACAAGUGUUCAGGUGAAGGAUGCUGUGUGAAGAAAAGGGUGGAAAGGGAUAGGGAUGACUCGAGCUAUGUGUUAACAACUUAUGAAGGUGUCCACAAUCAUGAGAGCCCCUCUAUCAACUACUACAGCCAAAUGUCCUUAGUGCAUCCUAAUGAUUGGGCGCUGCAAUCUUCAGCAAACUCAUCAUCUAUGCAUUGACAUGGUUAUUCACAUAUGUCCAUGUACUUGUCUUCCUUCUUAGUUCAUAUUGCUUUUCAAUAACCAUUACUAUGUGUAUAUAUUGAUUAUGCAUGCCCAUGAAUGACACCUUAGAUCGACCAACUAUAAGCACCAUCCCGGCCCCUUGCAUCUCUCUCUAAAUAUGAUCAACAUGUAGCUCCUCGUGCGCAAGAAAAGGCUGGGGAAUUGAGGGUCUGAGUUUGUAAGCUAUUGGUUAUCAUUACAUCCUCUAAUUAAUCAUAACUAUUUCCAUAUUGUA